AUGAAAUCAGUCACCGGUGCAUUAUCUGGCUUUGGGCUCGAAGUCACUAAGGCUGCCCUUGCUCAUGGAGAUCGCGUCUUCGCAACCCUCCGUAGCCCCUCAGCGCUCGCGGACCUCAAGACCCGGUACUCAUCUUCACAGCUGUGUGUCUACCAGCUCGAUGUUACUCAAGAGGAUAAGAUAGGCCCUGCAUUUGAACGAGCCGUAUCAGACUUUGGGCGUGUCGACGUGGUGUUUAAUAAUGCGGGCUGUUCCGUCAUAGUAGAGGCGGAGGGCAUAUCGGACGCGCGCGAACGCACGCAGACAAUUCGAGGUGAUGUUUUGGAGUGCGUCGCACGUCACGCGGGAAGCGCUAUCGAAGCGCCGCCAGGUGUUGUUCAUUAUGCUGCUGCGAAUGCCGCCCUCGAAUCCUUGACCGAGGCCUAUGCUCAGGAGGUCGACAAGGCCUGGAACAUUUGGUUCACAAUCCUAGAACCCGCGCUGUUCAAAACCUCGCAGGCGAAAAACAACGUCUUCGAGCCCCAGGCAUCAGGAAAAAUACACGCCGCUUUUUGCGCGCUUUUCAGUGCUUAUUGAUAGAAAAGCGGCUUCUAAGGAAUCUAAAAGCAAGCAUUCAAAAAGCAGAAAAUAAGCAGAUCUCGCCGCUUUUUCCCUGCUUAUUCAUACUUUUCAGCCGCUUAAAAUCGCUGUAUUGCGCUCAUCGGUAC